CGCGAAAAACGUUAGUACCAACCACAAUGGGUAGAGGUCACGAUAGGAGGCACUAUCACAAGUUCAGUCGCAAACGAAAGCACAGCGACGACCGGGGCGACAGCGAUCGCAGCAAACACGGACGACGAUGCAGCUCGUCGUCGAGGAAUGGCAGUGACGGUCACGGAGAUCCCGACGGUGGCCACAAAGAGCUCGGCCGACGGCACAGUUCAACCAGACGCGACAGUGGCGACUACCCAGAUGACCGCCGCAGUGCGAUUAGAAAUUUUGCUCAGCGAGAACGCUCACCAAAUGACUCCGUCCGCGUCCAACCUACAGCACGGAAACAGAGUCAAACUGGGGAACGUGAGAAUCUGUCCCUGUUUCGACAUGAACUUUCUCGAAUAUUUUUUGGCGACAACAGUCCCAUCAACAGGAAUUCUAAGCAAUACGACAACUUCUGGACGUUCCUCAAGAAGUAUGAAGAGCGAAAGCAGAAAACUGCACUUGAGGCUGGCACUUCGAAAGCUGACCCACAGGAGUGUGCUGAGCCGUCACUGGGCCUGCCUCCAACUUACGACCCCGUCCACAAAGUGAACUUUUGCAUAUUCACAGAGGAGCCCAAAGUGCUCAUGCUUGACGCCGGCGUUCAUAUCGACAGCAGUGACGCGUCGCACUCCCUCACUGAAGAAGACGUGGCUGAAGUCCGAACUGUCUUCCAUCUGUACCUCGACUUUCUGCAGAGGCAAAAGUUCCAGAAGCUCAAGAAGCUGCGCGAGUUCCAAAAGAACCUCCCAAUAGCUCAGUACAAGGACACCAUCCUGAAAGUGGUGUCGGAGAACAGCGUCGUGCUGAUCGCCGGCGACACCGGCUGCGGCAAAUCUACCCAGAUACCGCAGUACCUGCUCGGCUCAGGACUGGAAGGCAUCGCGUGCACACAGCCACGCAGGAUUGCUGCUAUCUCCCUCUGCAAGCGUGUCGCCUACGAGACGUUGAAUGAGUACAGGACUCACAUUGGUUACCAAAUUCGGUUUGAGAAGCAUCGCAGCAAACACACAAAGAUGUUGUUCCUGACGGAGGGACUGUUGUUGCGGCAGAUUGCCAGUGACCCCAUGCUGAAGGAUUACAAUGUCAUCAUACUCGACGAGAUCCAUGAACGUCACCUGACGUGUGACUUCCUCUUGGGAGUGGUGAAGUGCCUCAUGCAGCACAGGAGGGACUUGAAGAUCAUCCUGAUGUCUGCAACCAUCAACAUUCAGCUUUUCUCCCAGUAUUUCUACAACUGUCCCGUAGUACAGGUUCCUGGCCGCCUGUUCCCUAUUCAAGUGCAAUACCACCCCGUCACUGUGGAGGAGAAGCGUUCUCGUACAGGGCGCCUCGAUCCGGCGCCUUACGUCAAGCUGUUGAGCCUCAUCGACAACAAGUACCCCAGCAACGAGCGUGGUGACUUGCUGGUGUUCCUGAGUGGCAUGAGCGAGAUUUCGGCCGUGCAGGAGGCGGCAGAAGAAUACGCCAACCAGAACGGCCACUGGAUCGUCCUCCCCUUGCACAGUACACUCUCACUGGCUGAACAGGACAAGGUGUUUGACUACGCACCGGAAAAGACGCGGAAGUGCAUUCUGUCCACCAACAUUGCCGAGACAUCCGUGACCAUUGACGGCGUUCGGUUUGUCGUUGACUCAGGCAAGGUGAAGGAGAUGAGCUACGAUUCGGCCAGUCACAUGCAAAAGCUCAAGGAGUUCUGGAUCAGCCGUGCCAGUGCCGAACAACGCAAAGGCCGUGCAGGCAGAACGGGUCCUGGCGUGUGUUUCCGGCUUUACUCCGAGGCAGAGUACGAGUCGCUGGCCGCGUACUCGAUGCCAGAGAUCCAGCGCGUGCCCCUCAACUCGCUGCUGCUGCAGCUCGUGGCGCUCGGGCUGCCGGACGUGCGGAAGUUUCCCUUCCUGGAACCGCCAUCCUCAGAGAGCAUAGAGGAGGCUGUGCAGACACUCAAGGAACAGACUUGGCUGCUGUACGCCGUCGCCCUGGCUGGCCACCUCAUGUGGGAUCUCCCACAGAAGAGCACUCGGCUGCUGUACGCCGUUGCCCUGGCCAGCCACCUCGUGUGGGAUCUCCCAGAGAAGAGCGUGUGUUCAAGUGCCAAGUGUGUGCCUAUACUACAAGUAGACACAGUCAUAUGGCAGAACAUCAAAUGA